AUGUCGGACGAGGAGCUGAGCAACCAUCGCGCACUCUUAAUCCCCGUCAAGAACUCGGAACAGGCCGUUGAAGUGUUUGUAGAUGAGCUACCGGACGAUGUGAACGAUAUCAUUGAUAUUUUACGCGCAGAGGUUGCGCCUCUCGACGUGUGGUUGCAAUUUGCUGUCGAAUAUUAUAAUCAAGGCCACGUCGCUCAGUUUCAAGAGAUCUUGGCUGUAGCAUCAGAGCCGGGCAUUGAGGAAAUCUACAAAGACAAUGCAUCGCGUGUGUGCCGCAUCAAAUUCUUUAUCGCGCUAGCUAGCCAUGCUGUAAAUGCCAUGUGGAACGAAGAGGACGAUAAGAAGCGUGAGGCCAUUUCUCAGCGCGCCGUUGGCUUCUUUCAGCGUGCUGACCGUCUCGAUCAUCAGCAUCCAAUGACGCUUGUUGGUAAGGCGCUCAUGUUUAUGGCUAAAAAUGAAGAUGAUCGCGCUGAUCGCUUUAUCAAAAGUGUUUUGAUCUCAAACAAGACAAACCUUCCUGCCAUUUUGGGCAAGGCGCUGCUGCUAUACCGCAAGAAACAAUACAAGGACGCAAAGAAACUGUAUCUGGAGGCGAUUAAAUUGCAUCCACGCAGUCCACAAGCUGCCAAUAUGCGCAUGUGUUUUGCUUAUUGUUGCUAUCAUUUAGGAGCUAUCGAGAAAGCACGUGCCGUCAUGCGAUACACGGCAUCAUUAGAUGAAACUAACGUGGACGCAAGAAUUGCCAGCGCACUAUGGCAACUUGCAAGUCAGAGUCGCGAAGAGCGUGCAGUGAGCAUUCGAGACGAGAGCUCGCGCUUUAUGAUGAUGAUUCAUCAUGCUCAUGCCAUCGACAAGACAAAUCCUACGGUCCUGAAUCAUCUAGCCAAUCAUUAUUUCUCUCAAUGGAUACCACUACCGUGUACUGUGAGUGUCGUGCGUGGCUCUGCUUUUGUGGCUACGUCCAAGGAUAUUUCUAGUGAGGUCUCACCUGGUCAGAUUAUUUGUAUCGGAGACAAGUACGUUGCGUACAUUAGUCGCCAAGAAGAUGCUGUCUCGUCGUCCGGACUGAAGCUUGAUGGUCCUUACCGUGAUGAAUCCGCCACAGCAACGAACAUUGCGCGAAAAGACUAUGAUAAAAUGUUUACACUUGCCGGUAAUGCUUUUCACAGUACAAAGAUUGCUGAAAUUCGUUCGGAAAGCUGCUAUCUCAUGGGACGUGGGUGCCACGCACAGGGUAAGUAUAAGGACGCUUACAGCUACUACUUUAACGCCGGACGCUUGUGGCCAAAGUUUGUGCUUCCGUGGUUUGGACUUGCACAAAUUUAUUACGAGCGAAAGGAGUUCACAAAGGCUGCGUCGUACCUUGAAAAGGCGAAUAAGGCGUAUCCGGAAAAUGUCGAGAUCUUGUCGCUCCUAGGCGACGUAUAUGGUAAACUUGGUAAGAAGGAUGAGGCUGUGGUCUUGCUACGUCGUGUGGUGGAAUUGGAGCCGGGUAAUGUGGAGGCGCUAAUUGGAACGGCCGAGUUGCUCCACGCAUCUCCCGAAAGAAAAGAUCGAAUAAUUGCCAUCUCAUCGUAUAUUGCGGCAGAGAAGGUCAUGAACAACGCUUCAGAGCGUGUAUGCAUGGAACUUUACGUUAAUCUAGGUGUACUUCAGCAACGUGUUGGCAAAUGUGCCGAUGCUAUCAAAUGUUUUCGAAAGGCUCUUCAGCAGUUAGGCGAUAUCGACAAUUGGAAUGAGGAAAGCAAGUCUGAGAAGGCUGACGCUCUGAAUGAAGAUGUUUCGAACUUUAAGCCAACAGAGGCAAAUGUUACAAUUCUGUACAAUAUGGGUCGAGUAUAUGAGGAAAUGGGGAAUCGGGAUUGUGCUCAGAUACUAUAUAAUGCGAUCCUUGUAGUGUUUCCCAAGUAUACUGAUUGUUUGCUGCGUCUAGGCUGCAUGCUACGGGAUCGUGGCCAGGAUGAUGAGGCCAUUCGGAUGUUUGAUAAGAAAAAGUACGAGAAGGUGAUGGGGAUGCCGGGAUUAAAGAACGAUCCGUACGCUUUUUUGUCUAUGGGUAAUAUCUUUAUGAGUAACCUCGGAGAGAAGAAUAGAUACGCUAAAAACAUGUCGCUGAGCGAAGUCUACUACAAGAAGACGCUGGCGGCACACCCUCGAAAUAUUUAUGCUGCUAACGGAUUGGGGAUAAUGAUUGCUGAAAAGGGCAAUUUCGAGCUUGCAAAACAGGUUUUCUCGCAAGUGCGUGAAGCGAGCCCCGACAUGCCGGAUGCUUGGAUCAAUUUGGCACAUAUUUUUGUUGCUGAAGAGCGGUAUCAGGAGGCUAUUCAGCUUUACACGGUUUGUUUGACCAAGUGUUAUCAGGGACAAGAUUUGGAAGUUCUUCUGUAUCUGGCGAAAGCUUAUUACGAGUCGAAGAACUUUCCAAGCUGCAUUGCUACGCUGUCUCGUGGAUUGCACAUGUACCCAAACGACUUGCAGCUGUGGUACAACACUGGUCUAGCUCAGGAAGAUUACGCUGUCAUGACGCUUGGGCAGGAGACAACCGUCGCACGAUCAGGCGGUGGAAAUAGCGUACCUCAGCAUCGUACAAUGGCAGAUGUACAGCGCGCCAUCUUGGAUUUGAAGCGUGCGCAACGUAUUUUCCGCUUCUUACUUCAGCAAGCAGAAGCUAGCGGCAAUUUGAGCUCAGGAGAGAAAAAGAAACACCACAACAACUUGCCAUUUGACAAAGAAAAAGUUUCGGAUCACGAAAAGUUUUGUGGUGACACUUUGACCAAAGCCAGCUAUCAUUUGGAGUUUGAGCGACAGAAAGAGGAAAAACGUCGAUUGGAGAUCGAAGCGCAGCGCAAACUCCUGCGUGAGUAUGAGGAGCGUGUGGCUCGCGAACUAGAGGAAGCGCGUGUACAAGAAGAAGAUUUGCGCAAGCGUCAUGAAGGCAUUCGGCUCAAGCAAGACGAACGAUUGAAGAAGCUUCACGAAGGUUGGAGUGUACGUGAGCGUGAGGAAGAAGAAAAAAAGGUGGUGAAAAAAAGAGGAGGCAAGAAACGCAAGAAAGCGGAAAACGAAGAUGGAGGCUUUAUUGAUGAUGGUGAAGACGAGCUGGAUGAGGAUGAGGACACUUCAAUGUCAAUUGAAGAUAUGAAAAAUCGCAACCCUACGAUGAAAAAAUUAGUAGAAAAGCGGAUUAAACGCGCGCGUGCGAAUUCUGGUUCGGAUGACGAUAAGGUGGACCCAACGGGUCUCUUCGGAUCCGAUUCAAGUGACGACGAGCAGGAUAAGCCCUCAACAGACAAAAAUGACGAUAAAGUCGUUACUCAGGAUCAAAGUCGUGAAGUUGAAAAGAACGAGCUCUUUGGUUCAUCGUCUGACGAGGAGUAG